UAAUUACUGAAACGCUUGCAAGGAGACGUCGGGAGUUGUAGUGUCACCACAGUCUGGUCUCAGUCUGGGGAUGCCAAUUGCAUGCUGUUAUCUAGUGCAUGGAAAUCAUGCCGGGAGAGCAGGAGCUAGUGCAUAGAAAGAUCCGCUUUGAUGAUGGGAGCGGUAGUAGUAUUGAAGGCGAUAAAGAGAGUGAGGAGAGCGGGAGCCCUAGGUUUGAUGGACUUCCGCUUCAGGAGCUUCCUAAAGACCAGCAGCAAGUGGGACCCCAGCUCAAACUGCUCCCCAUGAACGAUCAGAUCCGGGAACUGCAGACUAUAAUUAGGGACAGAUCAACAAGUCGUGGGGACUUUGUUUUUUCUGCAGACCGUCUGAUCCGGCUGGUGGUGGAAGAAGGACUCAAUCGGCUGCCUUACACAGAAUGCACGGUCACUACACCUACUGGUUACAAGUAUGACGGAGUGAAAUUUGAGAAGGGAAACUGUGGCGUGAGCAUUAUGCGGAGUGGCGAGGCCAUGGAGCAGGGAUUGCGAGACUGCUGCCGUUCUAUUCGCAUUGGGAAAAUCCUUAUCCAGAGUGACGAGGAAACGCAAAAAGCUAAAGUUUAUUAUGCAAAGUUUCCUCCAGAUAUUUACAGACGGAAGGUUCUUUUGAUGUACCCUAUACUCAGCACUGGCAAUACUGUUAUUGAAGCUGUGAAGGUAUUAAUUGAACAUGGAGUCCAGCCUGCUUGCAUCAUUCUGCUCAGCAUUUUUUCUACCCCACAUGGUGCCAUCUCUAUCAUCCAGGAAUUCCCUGACAUCACUAUUCUAACGACAGAGGUCCAUCCUGUGGCUCCAACACACUUUGGCCAGAAGUACUUUGGCACAGACUGAAUAUAAGGCACUUCUAUAAACUGGAAAACAAUGCAGUGCCCUGAAACAAUGCAGUGCCCUGCUGCUCAACUGUAUUUUUUGCCCUUUGAGGAAGUUACAAUAUGCAACCUUUUUGCUAACUUUCUUUUUCUAGAUUUCUACUUCAUUUUUUGUAUGGCCACAAGGAGAAUGCUAUGAAGGAUGUUUGAACUUUGACCGCUGAAAUCCAUAAGAACUUUAAAUGGACAACAUUAAUAUACGUGUCAUCGCUGGUGAUUUAACUUCUGUGUUACAGAAAACUAAAUAUUAUUUAUGAAUCUAAGUUAAGUGCCAUACAUUUUCAUUUAACUUUAGUAGGGUUUUUAGAGCAUGACUGAUGUGCUUCCUUCUCUGCAUGUGCAAUAUUUGUAGGGUGUAUGGCUACAUGCUCAAGGGCAAAGUUAGGGUUCCAAAUACACAUAGCACUCCCAGAGUUUUUAAAGGUCACAUGUGAUCUAACCCUUUUUAUAUAAAGUCCAGUGAGUGCAUGCCUUAUGAUAUGUCAGUGAUGAUUAACAGGCUUUGCCUUGUGCUCGGUUUCUGCCCUCAUUCUGCUGCCGACACAAAACGUUUUGAGGGUUUAGAAAUGUUUGCAUGGAUGCACAUAUUGUAAAAUAAUUUACAUUGGCAGCUUUAAAUAAAAUACACAGCAAGAAAACAGGGCUGCUUGGCACUCAGGGGGAAUCCACAGGGCAAGUUAAAAGAAUGUCUAUUGGUCUUAGUUAAAAGUAUAACUCCAUAGGCCCUACAUGUUUCGUACCUGCAAGGUACUUAAUCAUGGGCUAAGCCUUGCUGUGUAAUUUGGAUUGCCGCUCUCUGAAGCUGGGGGUCUGGGGCUGGUGCACCUGGACCACACAAUCAACUUUGUGAGCUAUUCACUUUUUCAUUCUGGAGCACCUUCAAUUCCUUUUUUCAAGCUUUAAAUAAAACUCAGUUCAAUGAUACUCCAAAAAUAUGGCCCUUUUCAGUACAUGUGAAGCCCCAAUAUCUGGUCUGUUAUCCAUAUGCCAUUAAAAUAUGCAGAGAAGGAAUGUUCAGUGCACAAAGUAUGCUUUUUAAUGACAUGGUAUGGUCUGCAUAAGACUAUAUUUGGAAAAAGCAAAAUAGCACAGGUGAAGUUGCUAGUAGCAGCCAGGUUGCAAUUGGAUUUUAUUAUUCAUUUUUAUUAGACCAUUUAAAUAAUUGCUGACUGGUAUUGUCAACCACACUUGUGCAUAUGGCAUUUUCAUUUCAGUGUGACCAAACCAGCCUUACAGGAGUUAAAUAUCUCUGGGAUAGCUUUCUUACAUUCUUGUCAAAGUAGAUGGGAUGCCGUUUGCUGUGGUUACUUGCUCAUCUCAAGGAUUUUAUAUCUGUGUUCCAUUAGUAUUGCUCACACCUCAUUGCCUAUUUUGUGUUUCUUAAAGAGCCAGUAAAUUAAUUUUUGCCCAUUAUUUACAAAAAAUGUUUUCUUUAUACAGCAGCAACAUUCCUAACUUGUGCAGUGAUCUUCCUAUGAAGAAUGAAAAUGUCAUCCUUUCACCUUGUAACUACCCCUUUUGUUUGUAUUAAAAUACUGAGCUGCUGUACGGUUUCCUGUAUACAACAGUCCUGUGCAAAUUGAAGUGACAAGGACACCGUUAUUUUGUAGUUUUCUGCAAGUUGUUUAGUCUACAAGGUGUUAUCACUUUAUGACCACUCCCAAAAUCUGCUCCAGGAAACCUUGUUGGCACCAUGAGAAGGAGCAAUUGUGUAUCAAGCUGAUUAAUGCUAUUGGCUUUCUAGCUGAAUUCACAUACUGUAUAUUUAAUGCUGGCUGAUAAAUAAAAUACAUUAAAUAAA